AUGGCUGCUCAGUGCGACGCUUUGACUGGAUACUUGCAGCAGUCCGACCAGGGCUCCAACAGCGAGCGGAGCACCGACUCCCCUCUGCCCGGCUCAGAGGAGGACCUGAGCGGGCCUCAACCGCUGCCAGACCCGGAGUGGACCGAGGAGAGGUUCCGCGUGGACCGCAAGAAGCUGGAAGUCAUGCUGUUAGCUGCCUCUGAGGGAAGAGUCAAUGGCGGGGAGGAUUUCUUUCAGAAGGAGCUGCUGCCUCUCGUGCUGUCCUUCGAGCUUCCAGCCAUCAUGCAGGCUGACCCCAGCUCGCCCACUGUGCAGCACAUCUCACAGACGUACAACCUGGCGGUUUCCUUCAAGCCCCCGACACGCCUCUACAGAGCCACAGGUGUUGUUCGAGGCUCGCAGAAUAACGCCAAUGCAGUAAAGAGAGGCACAGCUCUGUUGUUGGAGCACCUGGCUGGAAGUCUGGCGAGCACCAUCUCUGUCACCACCCACCUGGACAUCGCACCGCAACACCACCUUUUCAUGAAGGGACGCAACGGCAGCAACAUCAAGCACAUCACCCAAAGGACCGGAGCACAGAUCCAUUUUCCUGACCCCAACAGCCCUCAGAAAAAAUCCACGGUCUACAUCCAGGGGACCAUCGACUCGGUCUGCCUUGCACGGCAGUAUCUCAUGGGCUGCUUGCCACUGGUUUUAAUGUUUGACAUCAAGGAGGAUGUUGAGGUGGAGCCGCAGUGUAUCACAGCCCUGAUGGAGCAGCUGGAUGUCUUCAUCAGUAUCAAACCAAAGCCGAAGCAGCCAAGCAAGUCGGUGAUAGUGAAGAGCGUGGAGAGGAAUGCCGUCAACAUGUACGAAGCUCGAAAAUUCCUCCUGGGUCUCGAGAGCAAUGGAGUGCCUUCUUCCUCACCCUCUGUGGUCCUCAGUCCCCCCACUAAUGGUCUGUCCCACUCCCUUAUUUGCCCUGUUGGCCUGGACAUCCUGGCCUCAGCUGGCCUGGGGCUGAGCAAUCUGGGUUUCCUGGGUGCGACGGCACCUCACUCCCUUCCAAACUCUUCUGCCCCAAAUGCUCUGCUAAACAGCUUGAACUCAACUCUGAGCCCUUUGCCAACACCGAGCCCCAGCACCCCUGCACCGCCCCCCUCCCUCUGGCCGAGCUCGCUUACCAACACCCAAAGCUUUUCAUCUCAGCUGAUGCUGCAUACUGCUGCUCAGGCCACUUUGAGCAGCAUCCUGCGGUCAGGCGUGCAGGGCUACGCACACAGCACACCGUCUCCCCCACCCGGUCUUGCUCCUAUCGACAAGCAGCCAAACAGCAUCCCCGAGUGCACUCGAAACGGACACGUCAAGCAUCCCGGCUAUGCGAGGUUAGCAACAACGGCGCUUGCGGAAACCGUUUUGAGUCCAGCGCCAUGUGACUCGGCUCAAGAGGCCAGCGGACACAAUCCAUCAGAACCGCUGUCUAGCAAAUCUAACCCAGAUGAAGGCUCCGAUACGUUUGUCGAAGUGGGCAUGCCGAGAAGCCCCUCUCACUCAGCCAAUGGCAAUGAGCUGAAACAGAUGCUGGCUUCAUGUAAGACAUCGUCAGGAAAACGGCAGGCUGUGGAGCUCCUGCAGGGCACGAAGAACUCCCAUCUACAUUCUGACUGCCUCUUGUCGGAUGCUGAGUCCAGCUCGUCAGACAGUCCCGUUGCAGAUAAGAGAGCGCCGGGCAGCGAGCGGGCAGCCGAACGAGCAGCUCAGCAAAACGAGAGGGAGAGAAUCAGACUGGUGCCCCAGACUUCCUUUGCUAACAUGCAGGCGUUUGACUACGAGCAGAAAAAGCUGUUGGCGACCAAAGCGAUGUUAAAGAAGCCUGUGGUGACGGAGGUGAGAACCCCUACCAAUACGUGGAGUGGUCUGGGCUUUUCAAAGUCCAUGCCUGCCGAGACGAUCAAGGAGCUCCGGAGAGCCAAUCACGUCUUGUACAAACCCAGCAUGACCACCACAUAUGAGGGCUCCCCGCUGUCCUUGUCUCGAUCCGGCAGCCGGGAAGGUGUUGGGAGUGGCAGUGACUCUGACAACUGGAGGGAGAGAAACGGCCUGUCGAGCCACACCGAGUUCACCUCUGCUGUCAGCAGUCCGAAGAGGAAACAGAACAAAUCCGCAGCAGAGCAUUACCUCAGCAGCAGCAAUUACAUGGACUCGAUUUCUUCAGUGACAGGCAGCAAUGGCUGCAACCUGAAUUCAUCCCUGAAAGGCUCCGAUCUGCCCGAGCUCUUCAGCAAGCUGGGUUUGGGGAAGUACACAGAUGUCUUCCAGCAACAAGAGAUUGACCUCCAGACAUUCCUGACUCUAACGGACCAGGACCUGAAGGAACUGGGAAUCACCACUUUCGGUGCCCGUAGGAAAAUGCUGCUUGCCAUUUCAGAACUAAACAAGAAUCGAAGGAAGUUAUUCGAGCCACCCAUCAGGUCCUCCUUCCUGGAGGGGGGAGCAAGCGGACGACUCUCCCGGCAGUUCCACGCUGACGUGGCCAGUGUCAGCGGGCGGUGGUAG